CUGAAGGACCAAACGGAGUGGGCAGGGCGCGUGGGGAAGCUUCCGCGCGUGCGCAGUAAGGCCUGUCUGCCCGACCUUCAAGCAAGGCCGGUACCACCAUGUUGUCUCGGGCGAGCGUCGCUGGGCUGUCUGGCCGCGCCUUGCAGUCGCAAUGGAUCCAAGUUCGAAAUAUGGCAACUCUGAAAGAUAUUACCAGGCGACUAAAGUCAAUCAAAAACAUCCAGAAAAUUACCAAGUCUAUGAAAAUGGUAGCAGCAGCAAAAUAUGCCCGAGCUGAGAGGGAAUUGAAACCAGCUCGAGUGUAUGGAAUAGGAUCUUUGGCUCUGUAUGAGAAAGCUGAUAUUAAGGUACCUGAAGACAAGAAGAAACACCUCCUUAUUGGUGUAUCCUCAGAUCGAGGACUUUGUGGUGCUAUUCAUUCCUCGGUUGCCAAACAGAUGAAAAGUGAGGUGGCUACACUCACGGCAGCUGGAAAAGAAGUUAUGCUUGUUGGAGUUGGUGAUAAAAUCAGAGGCAUACUUCAUAGGACGCAUUCGGAUCAGUUUUUGGUGACAUUCAAAGACGUGGGAAGAAAGCCCCCUACUUUUGGAGAUGCAUCGGUCAUUGCUCUUGAAUUACUAAAUUCUGGAUAUGAGUUUGAUGAAGGCUCUAUCAUCUUUAAUCGAUUCAGGUCUGUAAUCUCCUAUAAGACAGAAGAAAAGCCCAUCUUUUCUCUUAAUACUAUUGCAAGUGCUGAGAGCAUGAGCAUCUAUGAUGAUAUUGAUGCUGAUGUGCUGCAAAAUUACCAAGAAUACAAUCUGGCCAACAUCAUCUACUACUCCCUGAAGGAGUCUACCACCAGCGAGCAAAGUGCUAGAAUGACAGCUAUGGACAAUGCCAGCAAAAACGCUUCUGAGAUGAUUGAUAAAUUGACUUUGACAUUCAACCGCACCCGACAAGCUGUCAUCACAAAAGAGUUGAUUGAAAUUAUCUCUGGUGCUGCAGCUCUGGAUUAAUGAUCAAGUUCCAUCCCCAGAUGAGAGAUAAAGAAGGAAAAUUCUGUGAGCUGAUUUUAUUUUUAGCUUACUGCUGUCUGUCAGAAGAAAUGUGGUUCAUUGUUUGAAUUACUAAAGACAGCAAGAUGUUUGUAAAUUAUCUUACAAUAAACAACUUAAGAAAA